UUUAACAAACGUUUGGACAUGCAUGACAGAGGCUGUCACGUCAAGUUAUUAAACCGUCAUAAAGCGAAUAUAACAUUUUAUAUAAUAACAGUUGCUAGGGGAACACCAUGUUUAUUUGAUUCAUGGAUUAACGAGAUAAAAGUUAUAAAAAAGAUGCUUUUGACAGUAACACUGCUGUUUGCUGCAUUUAUUCAUGGCGCUUCUGGUUUCCGGAUCGUGUGUGUCUACACAAACUGGUCGCAGUACCGGCCGGGGGACGGAAAGUUCCUGCCGGAAGACGUGGACCCAACUCUGUGCACGCACCUCAUAUACGUCUACGCCAAACUGCAGCGGAACAAGCUGCAUUCAUCCGAGUGGAACGAUGAAGGAACGCGGUGGAAGGACGGCAUGUACCAGAGGGUGAUUAACCUUAAAGAACUCAAUCCGGAAAUGAAGGUGCUACUUGGCGUAGGCGGCUGGAUGAUGGGCAGCAAGGACUUCAGCCGCCUCGCCUCCCGCCGGGGCUCCCGCAGGGUCUUCGCCAGAUCCGCCGUAAAAUUCCUUAGGGACCGGAAGUUUGAUGGACUGACCAUUGACUGGCAGCAUCCCACGAGGAGAGGAGGCAGGCCGCGAGACAGACAGAAUUACUCUUUUUUAUUGAAGGAAGUACGGAUGGCGUUUGAUGCUGAGAGCAAAAAGUCAGGGUUGCCGCCUCUGCUCCUCACAGCCGGGGUGUCCGCCAGCAUUGACGUCAUAGACACCGCUUAUGAGGUGGACAAUCUCACCAGGUAUACAGACUUCCUGAACGUGUUUGCGUAUGACCUACACGGGGCCUGGGACAACUAUACCGGUCACCCAUCACAGCUGUAUCCCCGACAGGACGAGUUUGGGCCCGCUACUGAAAUCAAUGUGGACGCUUCAAUGAGACAUUGGAUGUCGCUGGUACCAGACGCAAGCAAGCUGGUCCUCGGCGUGUCAACAUACGGCAGGACGUUCACGUUACGCCGGUCCCGUCACCACGAGUAUAACGUGCCUACCACCGGCCCAGGGGUAGAAGGCGAGUUCACACGGCAGACUGGCAUGUUAGCGUACUAUGAGCGAUGUAACCAGUACAUGGACGCGCCGCGAGUGUGGGACCCCGUCAGUCAGGUUGCUUAUUGGUACAGCGGGGACCAGUGGAUUGCCGGGGAGGACACCGACAGUGUCAGAGCAAAGGUGAAUUGGACGACAACAUACCAGGCAGGCGGGAUAAUGCUCUGGUCAUUGGACACGGAUGACUUCAGAAAGAAAUGUGGGAACGAAGCGUUUCCGUUGCUGAAAGCUGCAAUCGACGAAAAAAAAGCUCCGACUAAUUUAUGGCCAAAGGGAGAGGGAGUUCGUAUAAAACAGUUUGAAAUCGGAGUCCAAAUAAAUAAUACUGUUACAAUGACCAUGCCUUAUGAUUUUGAUACAACCACCUUUGUGACGGAUAUCUCUACUGAAGAUAUAGCUAACUUUGAAAAUAGUGAUGAAAAACUAACUGUUGUUCCAAAAUUAAAUAAAGAAAGAAGCGUUCCCCAAAAUCAAAACACUGAAAAAGUCAUUCCAAAGCAAACGAAAAAGGUUCAACCUCCUCGUAAGAAAGGCAGAAGGAGGCGUUUGCGUCGAUUAAGAAAACCAGCAACAAAACCAACUACAUCUCUCACAACCACACGACCUACACUUCCAAUGACAACAGCUUUACCAUCAACACAAAUAGCACUUGCUCCGUCUACUAAAUCAAUACAGACAACCACGACGAAACAAUCGCCAAUAACUAUAAAUAAACCACUAGUUAAAACAACAACUCCCUUAACAUUUAAACCAGCCAAAGCGGGUCCAACGCCAAAGGCCAAAAAUACUGUACCUCGUAGAAGAAAACUAACUCGAAAACAAAGAAUACAAAUGAUUAAACGAAGAAGGCAGAUGGCUUUGCAGAGGAAACGAAACGAAAGGAUGAAGUCUAAUCGAAAACAAAAAGCUGCUACUAAGGAGCAAUCACAAAUAACCACGGUCAACAAAACAAAGGUAACGAUUGCUACCACGCAAACAAGUAUCAAAACGUCCACGGAGCAAACUAUUACAAAAAAGGGAAAACCACAACAAAAAGCAAUCAACAAAAAAGCGAAAACGAAUUUAGGCUCGGGAGAAAGAAUAGACAUCAAAACAACCACAAUGACUACAAUAAAACAGAUACAAACGAAAACACCAGCUGCUAAAGUAGAAAUUGUUGACAAAACGUCUAAGGCGACUCAAAAACCCCAGCCAAAGACCAAGAACAGUCCCGCCCAAAUAAAUGAAAGGCGAAGACGGAUAAUGAGGAUUCAAAGAAUGCGACGAUUGAGAAAGCAAAGGCAGCAAAAAAAUAAACAACAAUUGAAAAGCAAAACUCAGGAGAAAACUACAACUGUUGCUCCUACAACCUCAACUCAACCUACUUUCGCUUCUACGGUGAAACCAAAAGUGGCUUCCGUUCAAAUAAAUAAUAAAAUAAAUUCAAAUAAAGCAUCAUCUAGCAAUAAAAUAAAAACGGAAAAUGCAGAACAGAUUAAAAAGGAUACAACGAAAGUCCCUACUGCACAAAAUAAAGAUAAUACCAAACAAAAGAAACCCCCUAAACCCCGAAGAAGAUUUACAAAACAACAACUCCAAAGAAUUCGCCAAAGAAUGCAACGAAUAAGGAAACUAAAACAACUUCAACAACAAGAAAAAAAUAAUCAAAAGAAGGCAUCUGCUUAACUUGAUUGUGUGUUGCUUUUGAGUACAUUUAAACAUGGUUAACUGGGCGAGAUACAAUGCCGCCGGUGGCAUUAUGCUUUCAUCAUUGGACAUGGACGAUUUCACUGGAAUGUUUUGUACUGGAGAAAUAUCUCCUCUCCUCAAUGCUAUUCACGAUCAGCUUAAAAAACCUUUA